CGCUUCCACUUCAAUCCAACCAACAAGACCAACAAGUUGUUAAACUGCACUCAAUCUGUAAACAUCGCUCUACCAGUAACGAUUUUAAAACGAAUCUUAAAGCAAUUUUAACAUUUUUAUUCGAUAAGAAAGAAAAAUAGUGGUUUAUAAAAGUAUACCAAGUGUUGAAUAAGAUGGAAUCCGGAAAUUCAUUUUACGACCUCUUAAAAGAAGAAUUCCGUAGGAAGAAAAGUGCGGACGUGGAAAUCUCGCAAAAAGACACGAUACUAAAGAACGUUAAAAGUUUUAUUAAACAUUUAAUAAAACUUAACAUUUCGAAAGCGAUUGAAACAAUUACGAUAAUCAGAUACGAUUUAGAAAAAGGGGGAUGUCCAGAAGAAUUCGAUAUGACCCAAGCAGAUUUCGAUUUAAUCCUGCUUAUCAAUGCGGUUAUUUUAUGUUGUGGACGCAAAUGGGAUGAAGCCGAAGAAUUAUUUUAUGAAUUAACCGAAAAAUAUCAAGAAUCUUUGUUUUUUGCUUUGCUUGGAGUUGUCAAAAAUAAACGUCACAUAUUUAGAUGUUCGCGUGAUGCUUUCUGCCUUGCACAAAUAACUUCUCACACACCAAAGGUAUUCAAAAAUUUAAAUUUGAGUAUAACAAAUUUGACUGAGAUUAAAUUAAAAGAUUCGAUUAUGAAGUUUUUGGGUUAUACUAAAAAUAUGGAAGAAAUUCCUUUAAAUAAUUAUAUUAAAACAAACAACAUUUUUGAAAUGAAUGAUGUUAAAACGAUUGGAAGCAUUUUUCGGGAUGACAUCUUCCCCAUAAUAAGAGAUCAAAUUGAUAUCUUUUUGGGGGGAGAUCUUCCUAACAGUAACCAGGUUAUUAGCAAUGAUAAGUCAACUCAAACAGUUAAUGUUAACACAUGCACUAAAGGAUUCCAAACUGAUUUAGUAAAAACAAUUAAUAAGUCGGUACAAACUUUAAAAUUCAAGGAUAAAAAUGAGCAAAAAAAGGAUAAGGAAUUAUCAGUAUUAAAAACGACUGUGGAUGAAUUACGAAAAAGUAAUUCUGAUUUAACCAAACGAUUAAAUGAGUCUCUAUCGAAUCUUAAAGCUGCUCAAAAUAAAAUUAAUCAUCUUGAAGAUGAAAUACAAGAAUCAAGAGAAAAUUAUAUCGAUCAUGAAACUACUAUGUUGGAGAUCAUACAAUCUGCUUUUACUUCUCUCCAUCAUCUUCAAAAAACCACAGGAGAACAAGCCAAACAAAAAUUACAAAGUAUUGAUGCAAUGUUAACAGCGUUACGUUCCGAUUUUAUAAAGUUAGAUUUAAAAGAGGAUGUGGAUCAUCUUUCUUGGACUAUAUCACACUAUCAAAACGAAGCUGAACAUUACAACAAAUCAAUUGAUAAAAGACACAAACAAAUUCUACGACUUUUACACUCCAAUCAGUUUGUUGAAAUAUUAAGUACAGAUUAUGUAUUGGAACCAAACCUAACUGAACAACCAAAUUUAAUGCUUGAUUUGAUUGCGAAAUUAAUAACUAUAUGUAGAAACAAUAAACGAAGGAAUCAAAAUAAUCCAGAUUUCAAUUUUUUUCAAGGAUGGGGUCUUCAAGAUGAAGCAUGUGGUGGUGGUUAUUACUCAAAUGAUUUACCUCAACCACAUAGAGAAUUCAAUUAUUUAAAUGAUAGUUUUAAUGAGGAUCUUAAUGAAAAUUCAGAUGAAACUCUAAACGAAGAAUGUGAAAGUUUUGAACCAUAUAUAGAGCCAUCAGAUGAAGAUUUUCCCCCGUUAUGUGGAUUAAGCCGACGAAAAUUAAAAAAGAUAAAAGCUCGUGAUGAAUUUGAUACUUUUGUUACAAAAAUUCAAAGUUUAUUGCCGCUUUGUACGACUACGCAAAUAAAUGGAGCGAUUAAAGUUGUACAAUCCCAAAAAAACGUUAAUUUUAAAGAGAUAAAGCUUGAAGAUGUCGUUGAGUAUUUAAAAUUAACAUUUAAAAGUAGCAUAAUUGAUGAUGCCACCAAUAAUAUUUUACGUUUUUGGGAAAAUGAUUCGCAAUCAGACAAGAAUACACAAUCUGAGAUUAAUGCAUGCCCAAUUUGUUUAGAUCAAAUCGAACAAAAUGAGAUGCCGUUAUCGUGUGGGCAUUUAUUUCACAAUAACUGCAUUAUGGAGUGGUUAAGAAACAAUGGUAGUUGCCCGAUAUGUAGAGUUACCAUUAAUUAUAAUUAUUUGCCAUUUUAAAAGAAAGAAUAGUUUUAAGGAUUAUUUUUGAAAAUUUU